AUGAAUGGGUUAAUAGACUUAAAUGGUUUGAUAAACUUAGCCGGAUAUGGCAUGGCAGGGAAACAAAUAAAUAUUGUAAUACAAAAUAUAGAAAUUUACCAAAUUCCAAAACAGUUACAAAAAAUAAAGCCACAACAUCUACCACUACUUGAAAAUAAUGAGAUAACAGAACUAGUCCAACCAAUAAUCAAGCUAAUUCCACACCAAUUGCCAUUAACUUCUACAAUAAGUAAUCAAACUAAUUUACCACCAACACACCCCUUGACUGCUGAUGUCAAUAAUGAUUAUUUGGAAUCAAAUAGUAGUUAUAGCAAUGGCAGUAUUGAUAAAAAUACAUUAAAACAAAUAUUGAUUUACUUAAGAAAAAAUACUGAGUUACUGGUUGAGACUAAUAAAAUUGUAAAAAAAUUAGAUUCAAAUUAUACUAAAUUAUCAAAUGAAUUAAAGGAAUUAAAAAAAGACUUUCAAGUUUUUAAAGAAAAUGACAAUCAGUGGUAUAAGGAAGUUUGGAAAUCUGCUACUAGAAAACUCUUGGAAAAUGGAUAUAUUUAUCCAAAUGAAACUGGCUUUAAAGAUUAUUUCAUUAGUAUUAUAAAUGAGCAAUAUGACUCAAAAAAAAAAGAGAUCAACAACACCCAGCAAUUCAAAAAGUCAUGA